AUGUCGAAGUGUCGUUCAAGCUAUGCCUCACCAUCUCAAUCAUCUCAAUCCCCGUAUUCGCUAUGUCGAGGCCAACAAAUCUCAGAUUCUGUAACUCCUUCCGACAUCUCAGAUGAUACAUCUGACUCCUCGGAAGUGUAUAAUAUGUACAUACGCCGCUACCCAAAUGAACCAUUUGACGCUUACAUGGACUCAAUGCCGGAGACUUCAGAGGAAGCAUCUUACCUGCUCGAGAUGGCACGAGCUGAUCUCGAAGUUCGACGUCUCGAGAAGGACCUUGCUGAGCGGCUUCUUCAUCAAUUUCGCAUGCGCAAACACCACCUACGACUUCGAGCGAAGAGGGCAAAGAGAAAUUUUGGAGAUGCGGAAGCUAAUGUAGGGCGCACACGCGCUCUCGUGGUGAGGUGCGGGUUUGUCUGCUCAGAGCGGUCACUUUGGUCUCCUCGUCCAAAAUCCACCAUCAAGUCAUGUAAGCGAAUUCGUUCUUAA